AUGGCAAGCUCACAAGCUUCAGCAUUUGGUCUGAAAGACGCUUCGUUGAUCAAGAAUCAAGGGUUCAUCAACGGGCAAUGGAUUGACGCCAAGAGCGGCGCCACGAUCUCUGUCAAUAACCCAGCUACGAAUGAGGAAAUCGGCACCGUACCUGAGAUGGGUCUAGAGGAGACGAAAGAGGCUAUUGACGCUGCGUCGGUUGCCUUCCAGACAUGGGGGAAGACGACCGCGAAGUACCGACACGAUCUCAUGAUAAAAUUAUUCCAUUUGCUGCAAGAGCACCAUGAUGAUCUGUCAAGGAUGAUUACCAUCGAGAACGGAAAGCCAUUAGCUGAAGGAAAGGGCGAAAUGACAUAUAGCGCGUCUGGUUUGGUCGGUCCAGGGAUUCAUUCCAUACAAUGUCUUCUAACGCAUCAUACAGCGGAGGAGGCCGUUAGGACCUAUGGGGAACACCUACCGUGCGCUCUACCAGGCGUUCGCAAUGUCGUCAUCAAGCAGCCAAUAGGUACAUAUCUGCGCCUACCUUCCCCACACCCCACACCCCAUCACGCGGCCCAAUCUGACCUAGCCUUCCUUGGACAGGUGUUGUGUGAGUCUAUUUUGACACCAUGGAACUUCCCAUCUGCUAUGAUCACCCGCAAACUGGGUGCUGCCCUCGCCGCUGGUUGCACGGCUGUCAUAAAACCUCCUCCAGAAACCCCUUUCUCUGCUUUGGCCCUCGUCGAGCUCGCAAAACGUGCCGGUAUCCCAGACGGCGUGAUCAAUGUCGUCACAACUCAGAAGAAUGUCAUCGAAGUCGGGAAAGAGAUGUGUGAAAACAAGCUAGUCCGCAAGGUGACGUUCACUGGGUCCACACCCGUGGCUAAACUUCUCUACGGCAUGGCGGCGUCCACCCUUAAGAAGGUGUCACUCGAAGCUGGUGGUAACGCUCCAUUCAUCGUAUUCGACGAUGCGAAUAUGGAUGAUGCCGUCGAGGGUGCUGCCAUCUGCAAAUUCCGUGGAAGUGGGCAGACCUGCGUCUGUGCUAACAGAAUCUACGUGCAGGCAUCAAUUUAUGACGAGUUCGCUGCAAGGCUCGCAGAUAAAGUUGCGAAAUUCAAAGUUGGGAAUGGGUUAGAUUCUACGACGACUCACGGACCCCUCAUCCACUCUCGCGCAGUCGAAAAAGUCACCAGACACGUUGACGACGCCGUAGCAUCGGGAGCCCAAGUCCUCGUCGGCGGGAAACCCAUUCCAGACACUUCCUUCUUCCUCCCCACCCUCCUCUCUGAUGUCCCCACCACCGCCCUCGUCAACCAAGAAGAAACCUUCGGGCCCGUAGCUGCGCUCAUCAAGUUCACCACAGAGGACGAAGUCGUGAAGCUUGCUAAUUCUGUGGAUGUAGGCCUUGCGGGGUACUUCUACUCGAGGGACGUCGGGAGGGUGUGGCGUGUCGCUGAGAAAUUGGAGGUUGGGAUGGUGGGUUGCAAUACGGGGCUGAUUUCCCAAGCUAUCAUUCCGUUUGGAGGCGUCAAGGAGAGUGGGCUUGGGCGUGAGGGUGGCCACGGGAUUACGGAGUAUAUGAACGACAAGCUCAUCGUAUUUGGAGGACUGGGGGCGUAA